AUCUCUCUACAGAAAAGAUUUCCGUGUGGACAGGGACAGCUCAAAACUAAUUCCGAAUUGUGUCAAAAGCUCCUCUCUCUCUCUCUCAUAUGUGUAUAACUCAAGUCAUAACAUCUAAGACCAUCUAAAAAGAAAGGAAGAAAUUAAGGUAGACUGAGAAUUUUAGAGCUUUCAUUUCUGUGAUUCUAGUAUCUUUGUGGGGUGCUACUGCUACACGGAUCAAGAUCAAAAUAUGGCAAGUUUUGGAGGGACAACACAGAAAUGUAAGGUGUGUGAAAAGACUGUGUAUUUGGUGGAACAACUCACUGCUGACACUAAGGUCUAUCACAAACUCUGUUUCAGAUGUCACCACUGCAAACGAACCCUCAAGCUGAGUGAUUACUCAUCCUACGAAGGCGUUCUCUACUGCAAACCUCAUUUUGAUCAACUAUUGAAGAUGACUGGCAGCUUGAACAAGAGCUUUCAAGGAGCUCCAAGAAGUGCUAGAAUCCACAGAUCUGCAAACAGCAAAAUCUCAAGUUUGUUCGCGGGAACUCAGGAUAAAUGCAUUGCUUGCGACAAAAAAGUAUACCCCCUGGAGAAGGUAGCAGUUGAUGGGAAGUCGUAUCACAAGGCUUGCUUCAAGUGCAGCCACGGCGGGUGUGUGAUAAGCCCUUCCAACUACAUUGCACACGAGCAUCGCCUCUACUGCAGGCAUCACCACACGCAGCUCUUCAAGCAGAGGGGCAACUUCACCAAGCUAGACACACCUACAACCUUGCUUUAAUGUGAGGUAGCGUUCAAUCAAGAAAUGCUUCUAUGCCUUUCUCCAGAAGAUUGAAAAUUGGAGGCAUUUGCUGCUGAUUUUAAAGUUACAUGAGCAUUUUUUUCAAACGUGAGAGUUCACUUAUAUAUACGUAUAUUUUUGGAGUUUGAGUUUAUAAUACAAGUAUCUGUAGAGGGAAUUUUCUUUGUAA